AUGUCUUUCCCGCACCUUCCACUUUCAGCAACCACUACAUUCCUGCGCUUAUGCGACAACAUGUUCACCUCAAGUGCUAUGGACGUCGACAAUACUGUCUAUACUCAGGAGCCACAUCCAAUACGAUCAGACCAUGAAGUAGUACCAGUCGCUGAUCUCUGGAAUGCCAUCUCAAGCAGCCCUUUCUAUCAAGCCAAUGAGACAUACAAUUUGUAUGAGAGAAAAUGUUGUUUGAACUGCCCUUUGCCUCCUGCAGCUAAAGUCGACAGGGAGAUCUACUUUGUGAAUGAGCUCUUGCAGGAUGCAUCAGGGGACUACUUUAUACCUGAGCACUUCUUUCUUGUGUCGUACACAUCGACAGGUGAUAACACAGACAAGCAGUUAUACGCACUUGGCUGUACUGUACAACAAACAGAGGAUGGCUUUAUUGUCAGUGAUGAGCAAGAAAUAAUUCUGACAUGUAAUUUUUGA